AAAGCACGGCCACCAAUUCAGCCGGAAGACUUAGAAGAUCCAAUGCUUACUCUUCUGGAAUUAACCUCAGCACAAAGAGCACAAGAGCAGAAUUCUACACGGUUCAGGUGUCAUGCGUGGAUUGGAAAAAUUUAUGAAAAACGUGGUUGGUUCUACGUUCACUGCUCAAAAUGCAAUAAGAAAGUCUACCCAGAGCAAGAUGGUUCCUUAAACUACGUCUGUAAAGAUGACGACGAUAUUUCACCAAAAUUCAAGUUCUUCCUUAACGCAAUUAUCAACGACUCAACAAAACCGGUUGAUGUCACAUUCUUUGAUGAAGGAAUGGUCGCCCUACUGAAAACAACUUGUGCUGAAAUGAUGACAAACAAUGGCUACACAGAUCCUAAAAUGCUACCAAAGGAAAUCCAUGACAUGAUUGGAAAACCAAAAAUAAUGCACAUAUCCGUUAGAGGGAAACAAUAUGUCGUCACCAAUGUUUCGGAUCCUCUUGUUGUGCAUACAUCAACUGACAACAUUCAGCAGCAACACAUGGGCGCUCCUCCACCAAAAACACCCAACCCCAAGCUUAACCAACAAAAACGCCAUCUAGACGAAUCGCCAGGUAAACAUAACAAACUCAACACCACUUGAUGUCCAUGGAUUGCUUAAGAAGUCCGUUCGUUUUAGGCUUUUUGUAGCCCGUUAAUUUCUAGCAUUUUGUUAGCCCAUAACCCAUAGAUUAUAUAGAAAGUUUGCAUAUACUUUUUUUUGGACAAGUAAGCUUAAAGCAGGUGUAUUUAUCUUAAGUUAGUGCGUUGGAUUUUUUACUGUAAUCUUAAGCUAAUUAAUGCUUCGCUAAAUUAAUACUCACAUAUCUUAUUACACAAACCUUACUAACCAACAUCUUUGC